CGAAGACAUCUGCUUCCGUCAUCUUCCAGCAGCGACUGUCGCUGUUGCCUACCUUCACACUUUCACUUCGGUGUCGAAACUCAUGGAGAAACGCGUCCUGCGGGUCCUAUACACUGUGAACAAUUCUCCUCAAUAUAUCCUUGCACGCUCGCCCCGCCCCGUUACUGUUUCUCUUCUACAGCCAACCAAUGGACAGCACUCGGGUGGCAUCGGAUAUGCGAGCGUGUCCCUCAAGGCCUGUAUCGAAACCAUCUGCACCACCAGUCCGGAACUCUUACAGAGUGAUAACCGCGACUUCUCGGUAUAUGUUCUCGACCCUCUCGAGUCGGAAAGCGCUCCCGGGCUAGUCAAUAUUCCCAACGAGGCUGAGGGGUCCAAAAUGAAUGAAGGGCAGGUUCGAGGUGUCGCCGUAGGUCUAGGUUUGAUGUCAUGGGCCCUUGCAGCAGAGGGUGAGGAAGCACUCGUCAAUGGCACGUUGACUCGAACCGGAUCUGGGCAAGAGGCACUUGAGGUCGUGUUUGCUCUUCGUGAAACGGCUCGCAUAGAGAAGGCAUCCUUUCCUGCUGCCAUACAAUCUUGGAAUAAGAAGAGCGUUAAAGCACAGGGUAAGCAGCCUGAGGUCGACACCGCAGCCACCAUUGCCGCUAUUUUGAACCGACCCAAGAAACCUAGAACGACGAAGAACGUCGAUACAUUGCAAUCGUUACCUGAAUCAGAGAGGAUCUAUAGGUCUUCUUCAGUAUAUAUCGGACCACCGAAAAAAAAGCCUCCAAAUUCUACUACGUUCGCCAGGGCAUUUUCGACCCCGGCACCUGCCCCCACCGCUUCCCUUACUCUGGCUGCCACCCAUACAGAUACUACAGUAUUAAGUAGUACUGCCACACCUAUCGUUGCUCCUACACCACCUGCGAUUCCUACGUCUACAGCACCGACGCCUGGUCCUUCGACAAUCUCUUCUUCGUCUAUUACCAAGAAGAAAAAGACGAAAAGACGGAAUCAAUCACCAGAUGGACCGCUAUAUACUCGUACCACCCUUUUCAAGCGCACAGUUUCUGAACCACUUCCCGGCCCCAGUGCAAUGCCGGCGCCGCCGACACCUUCUCUCACGGAUAUUUUCUCCCAACUAGCAUCCACUCCCGCGAAUAGCACUCAGAAUGCUGCCCUGCUCGCUACCAUAAACGCUAUUGACUCGGGAAAAGGCAUUGAUGAUAACCCUGCAUUAGUUCAGGCCUUACAAGACCUUGUUACAGCGUGGCAAGUGGCACCUCCACCUGAGCCUGGCAGAAUGGCCCCGUUGCAACCUUCUAAUCACCGAAUUCCUUCUGAUGAUGACGCUGUCGUUAUUGACAAAGAAAACGUCAAUCCGUCUCCCUUCAGAAGGCGCGUUGGUCAAGACGUAAAAGACUCCAAACCGUCACAGACCUCAGCGGUCCCGCAACGGACAAGUCUUGGCGGGUAUCUACAUACAGACGAGAAUUCACGACCUACACAAAGGGCGACCGAAAGUAAUGGCGGUUCCAUUUCGAGGAAACGUACGCUGGAUGAAUUCAUGGAGGAUCGCGAGUCUCAUUCUGAGAGACAUCGACGACCCACAUCACAUAACGUGGUUCCAUUUUCGUCCCCUCCGCGACCGCGACUUUCUCAGACGGAACCUGGCGGCUCAAGAGGGCGCCCUAUUUUCAUUCCCGAUUCGCCUCAGGCUCCAAAGAUUGCUGCGUCCUCUCCGGUCAGAGAUGGUACACAAUCAACUGCACGUCGAAAGUACGUAGUCCCAGAUUGGGCGCGUACAGACACUGCCAUGCAACCGAGGCUUUCUGAAGAUGCCCGGCGUGUGUUGAAGGAAGCGGAGGACAAGAAACAGGCAGAGCGUGAAGAGAAGAGGCGACUGGAACGAGAACGACGGAGAACUGGUAGAGCACAAGGUCGACAGCCUCGUGAAAAUGCAGAGAACGACGCGCCAACCUCUGCUACUAAUGUAAAGUCAUCGUCUCCCCCUCGGCCUGUCGCCGCUGUCAGCACCAAUUUUGCUAUGGUGUCGACGGCCUGCGAGAAUCAUUCUGUGUCUAGUCUUCUAACAAAGUCAAGGUCACAGACACCUCCCCCCAGCCAGGACAUGGCGCCUCCGUGCACGCCUCCCAGGAGAAAGUCUCUCGACACCCCAUCGACGCCUUUCAGUUCAUCUCUCUUUACUCCUCUUGCCGAUUCUUGGAAGAGUCCUCUUGUGAGCCCCUCUACGUCACCGUCAUAUGGUGCGAAAGGCAAGCUCUCUUCGCAAGAAAAGGACCUGAGCGAAGAGCUUGAAAGCGCGUUCGAAGAGCUUAACUCUCUCCCGCCUAGCUCUGUGCCGGAUGAACAUAGUGAAUCUUCACCCGAUACAGAACACCAGCCUAUUCCUAGCGAUACGAAGCAGUUUUGGCAAGGCCUUCCACCCUCUUCGCCCCUACAGCCUAGUAGUCCUCUCGAGGAUGUCGAUGACGACAGCGAUCGUGAAAUCCCUAUCGCCACUUCAGACGCUGAAGACGGGGACGGGGACGAGGAAGAUACGGAUAUAGACAUGGAGAGCCAGCCACUCUCUUCUACACCCAAAGAAGUAAUUCCUUUACCUACGGAUCUACCAGCAUCAGGUGAAAAUAGCACCGCUGUUCCUCCCUGGCAGGAUCAGCAACCCAGCGAAGAUAUGGACAUGUUCGAUAUGUUCACUAACGUGGACUAUGGAAAUAGUACCACUUUCGCUCCGGAGGGACUCGAUCUAACAGAGUUCAUGGAAUCUAUGAAGCCUCUGAUCCAGAACCAGCUAGAUAUUAGCCCGAAUGGGCAGGGGAGCUUUGAUUUUAAUUGGUUAGAUUCCGGUGAGGGUGACCUGGACCACAGUCAGUUGGCAGCAUCCGUGCAGGAACUAUUCAGCGGGUGUUUGAUGUAGUGAGCAGCACGGUUUUGUCGCAUAGAACGUAUUAUUUUUCAUUUGUUCAUCAUCCCAUCACAAUACAGC